UUGCUUACACCAGGUGCACGCCGGCUGCGGGGAGCACAAAGCGGGGCGCACGGAGGGCGCGGGCAGCAAGCGGUGGAGCGAGGCGAGGCCCGUGCGCCCCGGUUUGCAGCGCUUGCCGGGCGGGGACCCGGGCCCGCGGCGUCCUCCCAGGCAGCGGCAUCCUUGCCACCGCACCCCAAGGCGCCUAGGGCGCCUUCCUUGAGACCCGAUCCUUUGCUGCCCCGCCCUCUGCACCCCAUUUCUUUUACCCCCUUUCUUAAUCCCGCCAGUCUCUACCACGACCCCCAAGAACGCGAUUUAGCCCAGCCCCGCGCAGCAGCUGUUGCUCCUGCGGCUGUCUCGCCUUGCGUCUUGGUGCUCUGCUGGGGGUCCCCCAAGGAGCCAGUGCGCGCUGCGGGCUGGGUGGAGGCGCUGCUCUGCCGGUCCUCAUCCUCCGGCUGGCUGCUGCCGCUGCCACCACCACCCUCUCCGUGCGCACCCCAACACCCCUGUCAGCCCAGCCUUAGGUUCUCACAACCUGCACAUGAGGCAUGACUACACGUGAGCUAUAACUGUGUCCUGCUAACAGAGAAGGAAGCCAAGAUCCAGGAAAGUGAGACACGUCUCCAGACUUUGAUUUGGCCGAAGUAACUCCCGCAAGGACCUGUGCACAUGCCUGGAAUUAAGUGACACGGUUCAAGGACUUCAGAUUGCUUCGCGCCUCUUGGGAAGUUCCGAAAACCCUGUCUUCGGACUCUGGGAUUCUGUUCAAAUGAGACUCACUUGAAUGUUUACACUAUCUGCUUGCUGUUCUGCUUACCACUGAAUAGUGUUCAGAUCUUGGUCAGGAACUGGGUGUGGUUGGCAAGCCACCAUGGCCAGAUUGAGCCCUGGGAAAGCAGCUUGCUGGAUGGUGCUGGGUUUGCUGAUACCUUCAUUAACUGAGUCUUCCAUAUUGAAUAGUGAGUGCCCCCAGCUUUGUGUUUGUGAAAUUCGUCCUUGGUUUACCCCACAGUCCACAUACAGAGAAGCCACCACUGUUGAUUGUAAUGACCUCCGCCUAACAAGGAUCCCUGGCAACCUCUCUAGUGACACACAAGUGCUUCUCUUACAGAGCAAUAACAUCGCCAAGACCGUGGACGAGUUGCAGCAGCUUUUCAACUUGACUGAGCUGGAUUUCUCCCAGAACAACUUUACAAACAUCAAAGAGGUAGGGCUGGCAAACUUGACCCAGCUCACCACCCUGCAUCUAGAGGAAAAUCAGAUUUCAGAGAUGACGGAUUACUGUCUUCAGGACCUCAGCAACCUUCAAGAACUCUACAUCAACCAUAACCAGAUCAGUUCAAUCUCUGCCAACGCCUUUUCAGGAUUGAAAAAUCUCUUAAGGCUGCACCUGAACUCCAAUAAAUUGAAAGUGAUCGAUAGCCGCUGGUUUGAUUCCACACCCAACCUGGAAAUUCUCAUGAUUGGGGAAAACCCGGUGAUUGGAAUCUUGGACAUGAACUUCAGACCACUCUCCAACCUGAGAAGCCUAGUUUUAGCAGGAAUGUACCUCACUGAUAUUCCUGGAAACGCCUUGGUAGGCUUGGAUAGCCUCGAGAGCCUGUCUUUCUAUGACAACAAACUGAUCAAAGUCCCUCAACUUGCCCUGCAGAAAGUUCCAAAUUUGAAAUUCUUAGACCUCAAUAAGAAUCCCAUUCACAAAAUCCAAGAAGGGGACUUUAAAAACAUGCUUCGGUUGAAAGAACUAGGAAUCAACAACAUGGGAGAGCUGGUCUCAGUGGACCGCUAUGCCCUGGAUAACUUGCCAGAAUUGACGAAGCUCGAAGCAACCAAUAACCCCAAACUGUCAUACAUCCACCGUUUAGCUUUCCGGAGUGUCCCGGCUCUAGAAAGCUUAAUGUUGAACAACAACGCCUUGAAUGCUGUGUACCAAAAAACAGUGGAAUCUCUUCCCAAUCUGCGAGAGAUCAGCAUCCACAGCAAUCCCCUGAGGUGUGACUGUGUCAUCCACUGGAUUAACUCCAACAAAACCAACAUUCGCUUCAUGGAGCCCCUCUCCAUGUUCUGCGCCAUGCCACCUGAGUAUAGAGGGCAGCAGGUAAAGGAGGUAUUAAUCCAAGACUCAAGUGAGCAGUGUCUCCCAAUGAUAUCACAUGACACAUUCCCAAAUCAUUUAAACAUGGACAUUGGCACAACACUCUUCCUAGACUGUCGGGCCAUGGCUGAGCCAGAACCAGAAAUUUACUGGGUCACUCCCAUUGGAAAUAAGAUAACUGUGGAAACCCUUUCAGAUAAAUACAAGCUGAGUAGUGAGGGCACCUUGGAGAUAGCAAAUAUACAGAUUGAAGACUCAGGAAGGUACACAUGUGUUGCCCAGAAUGUCCAAGGAGCAGACACUCGAGUGGCCACAAUCAAGGUUAAUGGAACCCUUCUAGAUGGUGCCCAGGUGCUGAAAAUAUACGUCAAGCAGACAGAAUCUCAUUCAAUUUUAGUAUCCUGGAAAGUCAAUUCUAAUGUCAUGACAUCAAACUUAAAAUGGUCAUCCGCCACUAUGAAGAUCGACAACCCUCAUAUAACAUACACAGCCAGGGUGCCAGUAGAUGUUCACGAGUAUAACCUAACACAUCUGCAGCCUUCUACUGACUAUGAAGUGUGUCUCACGGUGUCCAACAUCCACCAGCAGACUCAAAAGUCAUGCGUCAAUGUCACAACCAAAACCGCUGCCUUCGCCCUGGACAUCUCAGAUCACGAAACCAGCACAGCCCUUGCUGCAGUGAUGGGGUCCAUGUUUGCAGUCAUCAGUCUAGCAUCCAUUGCUAUUUACAUUGCAAAAAGGUUUAAGAGGAAAAAUUACCACCAUUCCCUUAAAAAGUAUAUGCAAAAAACCUCAUCCAUCCCACUGAAUGAGCUGUACCCCCCACUCAUUAACCUCUGGGAAGGUGACAGUGACAAGGACAAAGAUGGCUCAGCUGACACCAAGCCAACCCAGGUGGACACAUCCAGAAGCUAUUACAUGUGGUAACUCAGUGGGUAUCUUGCUUCUGGUAGUAAGGAGCACAAAGACAUUUUUGCUUUAUUCUGCAAAAGUAACAAGGUGAAGACUUUUGUACUUUUGACUUUGCUAGUUGUGGCAGAGUGGAGAGGAUGGAUGGAUAUUUCAAAGUUUUUUUAGUAUAGCGUAUCGCAAGGGUUUGACACAGCUGGCAGUGACUCUCAGCUUCCAGUUUGUGUUUGGUUUUUAUCCUUAUCAUUAUUAUGAUUAUUAUUAUAUUAUUAUUAUCAUUAUUUUAUUUUAGUUGAUGUGCUAAACUCAGUAAUGCUGUCUUAACUACAAUGUUCAAUAAAAAUGAUUCAUGACAGGUGGGGGCUCUCCUGUGCUUGACCCCUUUCUUCUGAAGCCAUCAAUACGAAGAACCGAAGAGCCGAACCAUGUCCUCUCAACAGCUAACAUAUGGUUUGGAAGCAGCAUUAAAUCUUUUGUAGCAAUCUGGUCUACAGACUUUUGACUCAAGCUACGACUAAAUUUGCUACUUUGUUGAAAGAUGUUAGUUGACUGUACUGUAAUGUUGUAUCAACUGAACUGAAUGUUUGCCUUUCAGCAACAACUUUCUUUUUCCUUCCUCUUUGUUUUUUAAUAGUUAAAGAGGCUUAGAACAAGCUAACAGGCAAUAGAAAUAUGUAUAUCAGAUUUUCUAAUGUAAUGAACUACAUGUUAAUUGUUACUAUAUUCUUUUUAUCUUUAGUAGACACUUUUAAAGAAGAAAAGAUAAUUUUGUUGUGUUUAACUCACCAACUUGGUGUAUAAUGAAGACAGAAGUAUAAUAAAUUAGUUUGUUCUGAUUUUUUAGAA